UGACCCAGUAAACAAUCAUGUCGGACAUGGCUCUUGUAAGGAUUUCGUGAAUCUUUCUGAUGCGCUUGACAAAAUGUAACCUUCACUAGUGAUGUAACGCGAAGAAAACUGAUUCAUACUGAUAAUGCGGACUAAGGCAUCAAUCUAAUAUCUAGCCAAAGAUUCAGUAUUAAACCCAGCCGGCUGGAGGUAGCCACAAUGGGUAACCUACUGAGGAAGAAGGGUGGCAGUGCACCCCUUGAUCGGGACUCUGCCUGGAAACAACAAAAUAAAGAAAUGCAAGAAAAUCCCAUGUACAAGUUUAUUAAUCUGGGCACAAGGGGUGGCACUCUUAUAGACGAAUAUCUAAAGCACAAUAAGAAAAAUGAGAGUGAUCCAAAGGCUUUUGAGGACCAUUUGGAGCAAGAAAUAGAACAUUACCUGUGCAAUAAAGGAGCAGGCAGGAAAGUUAGUCUGGUAGAGUGGGUGCGGUGGUGUGACAGAUGUAAAGCAAAAAUGACGGGAGGUUCACUGGUAGACAAUAGAAAAGAUGAGGAAGUUUUAGCUAACUACAAGGAGGAUGCUUUUAUUAAAUUUGAUGAACCUCACGAAAUUUGUUGGGAAUUGAACCUGCGGGGUGGUGUUGGUGAGAUGCCGCUUCACCUUGCGUUCCUCAUGGACAGUGUGCUGGCCACGGAGGUGGCUCACAUCAUGCUACAAAAGUAUCCCAAACUGGCACUGGACAUUUACGAGGGGGAGGAAUAUUACGGAGAGAGCUGUCUUCACAUAGCGAUAGUCCUGAAUGACUUCGAGUCGGUGCGACUGUUGGUAGAAUGUGGUGCCAAAAUAAACCAGCGCGCCUCUGGGAGGUUUUUUAUGCCAGAGGACCAGAAGGAAAGAAAAACAGCCAAUACAAAUUUUGAUGGCUAUGCAUACUAUGGUGAAUAUCCACUUGCCUUUGCUGCCAGUUUUGGUCACAAGAACAUCUAUGACUACCUAAUCAGUAAAGGUGCCGACCCAGAUGCUCAGGACUCAUUUGGGAAUACCACUCUACAUGUUAUUGUGGUCAACAACCAGCUGGGUAUGUACCAGUACGCAGUGCGGCAUCACGAGAGGAGAGCUAAUCCUUACAUCAAGAAUGAGCAGCAACUCACCCCUCUCACACUGGCCAGCAAACUGGGCAGACACAAGUUGUUCACAGAGAUUUUGGAGGAAUCAUCCAUAGAAAUGUGGCGUUACAGCAAUGUCACCUGUGCCUUGUAUCCUCUGCUGGACAUAGAUACAAUAAGCCCAACUGGAGACACAAACUGGAACUCUGCCCUGGUGUACAUCAUAGAAGGUCAGACAGACGAACAUCUGGAUAUGCUGGAGGGAGGAGUUAUAAGGCAACUUUUAGAUGAGAAAUGGAAGACCUUUGGCAGGAGAAUAUUCCUUGAGCGUCUCCUGUUAGCACUUGGCCAUGUGAUAAUCAUGAGUGCAGCUGUUUACCUGAGGCCAAAUGGACAGAAUCUACUUGGGUCCACAGACUGGGACUAUGUGCGCUACGCAUUAGAGAUAUUUACCUGUAUAAACUGCCUAGUCACAGUUGUCUUGUCACUUUCUGAGAUUCCAAAGCAGGGAAUUCUGGGGUUUUUGAAGAGCAUGAAAAACUCUCCUGCCCGGGCCAUAUUUACCUUGUCCAGUCUGUUGAUAUUACUCUGUAUUCCUUUCCGCCUCAUCAAUCAGAAGUGGAGUCAAGAUGCUGAGACGACACUAUUGAUUAUAGCUGUGCCUGGAACCUGGGCUGUGUUCUUGUUCUUUGCCAGAGUCUCUGCUUGGUCAGGUCCGAAUACAGUUAUGAUGUAUCGCAUGAUCAAAGGGGACGUGUUACGAUUUGGCAUCAUCUAUGCCAUUUUUGUAAUAACAUUCUCCCCAGCAUUCUAUUUCCUGUUUAAAGACAUCGAUGAUAAAAGUAUCAACACAUUUUACACGCCACACGGCACUGUGAUGUCACUGGUUCACAUGACCUUUGGAGAUUUUGAGUACUCAGAAUUUAAUGAUUCUCACCACAACAUCCUGACCAAGGCUGUGUUUUCUGUGUUCAUGUUGUUGGUUCCCAUCCUUCUUCUCAAUAUGUUGAUAGCAAUGAUGGGGAACACAUACCAGCAGGUCAUUUCCAAGUCUGAGAAGGAGUGGAGAAGACAGUGGGCACAGCUGGUAGUAGUUCUGGAGAGAGCCUACUCCAGUAAGAAGUUGAGGCUGCUCCAGCAGAAGUAUGCCACCAAUCUCUCGGCCCCGCCCAAGGGUUACGCCCCUCUCCAUAAGGACGAGGAACACAGGGGGGUGGUGGUGAUCAAAUUGGGGACCAAGACAAAGGCUAAGCAGAGAAAGGAGGCAAUAACAAACUGGAAGAAAUUAUUCAGCAAAGUGAAAAAGGCAGUGAGGGCCCACAAACUGGAAGGCAAAACAGGGCCUGUUUUCCCUGACCUUGAUGGUUCGGGUAUCUUCAAUGAUUCAAAUAACACAGCCCAGGCAUCUUGGAAGUCACCAGCACACUCUAUCAGGUCUAAUAAGGGUAUGAGUGAGGCGAUCAAACAGCUGGCUUGGGAGAAGGACAUUGACCUGACCCGGGGUUACACAUUUAUGAGGUCAGAGGAAGAAGGUCAAGGUCAGCAGAGGUCAAGUAAAGGUCAUCAUACAACAGAUAGGGCUCCUCUCUUACAAAAUACUGAUGAAGCUAAAGAGGACGACCAAUCUGGACUGAGUAAUGCAGGAGUAGAGGAUGCUUUGACUUCUCCUCUCACCACACCUAAAAGAAGGAAGAAAAAGAAGUCAGCACGGUCUGUGGCCAGUGCUAGCUUAGGGAAAGAGGGUGGAGCACAAGAAAAUAAUUAGCUCUGUCUUUUUCCAAUUAAGGCUUAUUAUCAAGUGGUUUGCAUAUUGCAACUGUGUAAAUAUGUAGAAUACUCACUACUACAUUGCCAAAAUCCAACAGUAAAAAACCACAAAGUUUUUUUUGUACAUGUACUAAUUAAUUGUAUGUACAUAUUUUUUGUAGUAAAAAGGUAUAUUUUUAUGUACAAGUACUGUUUAAAAAACAUAAAAUAGUACUUUUUAGGAUAACCUUUUAAGAGUUGGUAUAUACUAUUAUAUUAUAUGAGAGUUUUUUAGAAAUGUCUUUAUGCUAUGAAUGAUAUAUGUUUGGAAGAAUGAAAUGGGUGCCACUUGCUUAAAAGUGACAUAAGAGUAACAUUUUUGUACAUAACUAAAAAAUAUGAUAUUAUAAUAAUUUUUAUUUUAGUCACCUGAUUUCAUCAGGACUAACUGUGAUGUUUUAGAUAAUCUGUGAAAGUUUCCAUACUACAGAAAUAUUUUAUAAAGAAAUCAUGAACCAAAACUGUUGAUUCACCAAUUGUAGUAAGCUGUUCAACACUUUUCUCAUGGAGAAUUAGGAGAAAAAAAUUCAAAAAUUGAAGAUUUUGUGAUAUGAUUUAGCUACAGAGAAAUAAAUUAAAAAAUUGUCAGUAAUAAAAUGAGAGUGAAAAUAUUCUUUAAUAAGUUAUCAUUGUGAUGUGAAAGUGACAAACUCUGUGAGCCCUUUGGUUCAUUCUUAGUGCAAAUAGAACUGUGUAAACUGUGCCUAAGAGAUAUCUGUCAGACUUAUUUUUUGAUACAAUUCUUUCUUUAUACAGAUUUAGUUGUAAAAUGUUUGCAUAAUUACUUUAAGAAAUGGACCAAAAUCAAAUGUAAAAGUAAUGUAUCAAGAACAUAAACAUUAAGUGAGUACAUAAAUCAGUAUUAGGAAAUGCUGGUCAGAAUUUUUUGUCUUUCAGAAUUUUAGAUCUCACAUAUUUAAUGUUCGCUUUUGCAUACUCUUUUAUUUUAUACAUAUAUUUAUUCAUUUAGAAGUGAGUAGUAUGUACUGGACCAGAGUAUUAUCUCUUUUGUGAUAAAAAUGUCAUUAUACCGUCCAUUUAUCAAUGACUGAAUGAAGGCUUAAGGAAGAAAGAAAAGAGUUUCGUGUAGAAACCAGACACUCAAGCGAAAUUUAAAUCAUAUAUUAAGUUUUUCAUAAAAGAAAAACAAGGGUAUUACUCAGCAGAAUUGUUUGUUAAAUCUUUGUUGAGAUAGGAUAAAUAUAGGAGGCAGAAAUUUUAAGCCGCAGCUUAAAUCUUGGCAAACCUGAGAUAUAUUAGACUUUUGUUAUUUUAUGUACUUGUUAAAACUUCGAUCAGUUCUUAAACCAGGAAAUAAGUUCUUACAGUAGUCAUAUCAUAUUUAUGUCAUUUAUUGUUUAAGCUUGUAUGAGUGUGUGAAAGUUACAUACACCAAUUUAACAUGAUGGCACAUGCGGUCAGUGUAAAAUAAUUCAAAUGUAUGCUUUCUUUCCAUUUUACCACUGUAAAGGAACUGCUGUCAUCCUGCCUCUUUUAGAUUGAGGUUGUUAAAUACGCACAUUUGUCUUCUGGAAAACCAGCAUCAUCUCUCUUAUUGUGUAAGAUACCAGCAGUGUCCGGAUGCUAUAGAACAUGUACCUUGUAUAUAUAUAUCUGAUUGCAACUCAUUAUAUUUCAAAUUAUUUAAAA